GUGUUGCAAACACUAUGGAAAUAUGUAUACAUAUUCGUCAAUGUACAAUAACUAAAACUAAAAUUAAUUUUUUAUCAAAUUGCGAUAAAUGUAUAACAACUGAAUAAUUGCAAUGAUCUAUGACAAUUUUCAAGUAUUACGUUAACAAAGCAACCAGUGUGCAUUGGACAAACAUACAAAAAUAUAAUGUGCGGAUUAAUAAUGUAAUUGUAUAAAAUUUAAAUGAGUAAAUACACAAAACUGAACGUCAAUCGCUAAAAAUUCGUCAGUUGUGAAAAUGCUGCGAAAAUAUGUAUUGUGUGCAGAUUUAAUAAUUUUCUUUUAUGGUUUGAGCAUUGCCAACUUUCUGGAUUGGCGACAUCACUCUGUGCGAUGCAAACAAAUGUCGCCGCCCACCCCUGCGUUCUCAACAACCGACAUUGUGGCACAGUUUAAUCUGCCUUUAAUGGCCGCGACUACUCCUUCGAACUUAUUUGGAGUUAAUCGUACAAAUAAUCUUGAAAAUGCCGCAGACUCGCAGUUAAAAAACUAUUUUACACAUCUUACAUACGAUUUAAUGAACAAUGUUUUAUUCGCGGGCGCCACAAAUAAGAUAUUAAAGCUUAAUGAAAAUCUUCGUGUGCUCGCGGAGGCUGUAACAGGACCUUUGAAUGAUUCACCGCAGUGCCAUGCUGGCGGGUGUAACGAGGACAUUGAAACAUCGCUGGUAAACAAUUAUAAUAAAAUCUUAGUUGUGAGCUAUGCUCAUGAUGGAAUACUCAUUUCAUGUGGCAGCACUCGACAAGGAUCUUGUGAGAUCUAUAGUCUUCCGAGAUUUCCGGCAGCCCCACAAUUUAUUGCCAUUCCCUUGGCCGCCAAUGACGAAAAUGCUUCUACCUAUGCAUUUGUGGGUCCCGCCCGAUAUUCCUGGAAGGAAGAAGAUAUACUAUAUGUUGGAACAACAUUCACCAAUGUCGGGGACUAUCGACAUGAUGUACCGGCCAUAUCCUCACGCCGACUUGAUGACUUGAACUACGCUGAAUUUUCAAUUCAACAGUCGAUUAUCAAUAUUGAUGUUAAGUAUCGUGAUCACUUUCUUGUCGAUUAUGUCUACGGGUUUAACUCUUCCGAUUAUGCAUAUUUUAUAAUCGUACAAAAAAAAUCGCAUUUGGCAGACGAAGCGGGUUACAUAACACGCUUGGCACGCAUCUGUAUCACCGAUCCCAAUUAUGAUAGUUAUACGGAAAUAACACUUCAAUGCACUGCAACCGAAAAUAAUGUGGAUUAUAAUAUCUUACGCGACGCUAAGGUAACGCCGGCAAGCCAAAAGCUUGCCCAGCAAAUGGGCAUCAAAAAGGAUGAUCACGUUCUAGUUACGGUAUUUUCACCAUCAAAAGAGAUUAGUGAUCAGACGGAGAACAAAUCGGCCAUGUGUAUAUAUAGCAUUAAAGAUAUUGAGGAUAUGUUUAUUGAGAAUAUACAUUUAUGCUUUAAUGGCACGAUUAAAGAUAGAAAUUUAGGCUACAUCUCGGGGACUAUUAAUGAUGGCAGAUGUCCCAUUGUCGGUUCCCUUGGAAAUAUCUAUAAUUUUUGUUCCGUUGGACUAAAGAUAAGUGGUGUAUCACCAAUAACAACACAUGCCCUUUUUCAUUUUGAUAAUGUUUCGGUUACCUCAGUGACUGCCACUUCAACAACGGAUCAACAGCAUUCGUUGGCCUUUCUUGGCACGGACGUUGGUGUUAUUAAGAAGGUACUGUUAUCUGGCCAAAACCCCGGCGAAUAUGAGGAAAUUGUGGUAGAUGCCGGAAACCGUAUAUUACCCAAUACUAUGAUGUCGCCUAAAAAGGAUUUUCUAUAUGUUUUAUCUGUGCGAAAGAUUACCAAGCUGAGAAUCGAACAUUGCUCGGUGUACACAAAUUGUUCAGGUUGUUUAGAAUCGCGAGAUCCAUUUUGUGGUUGGUGUUCUUUGGAAAAACGUUGUACGGUGCGUUCGACAUGCAAACGUGACACUUCCGCUUCGCGGUGGCUAUCCCUGGGAAGUGGCCAGCAAUGUAUUGACUUUGAAUCAAUAAUACCCGAAAAAAUACCUAUUAGUGAACUGACAAACUUACAUUUGAUUAUUCGAACUUUGCCGGAACCUUUUAAUGCAAAAUAUCGUUGCGUCUUUGGCAAUUCAACGCCCAUCGAUGCUGAAAUACUAGAAAAUGGUGUAGGUCUUGCCUGUGCAACGCCUCCCCUCGAUCAGAGACCUAUAAUACCCGGGAAUACCGAUCAUGUUCUCGUACCCUUAUCUGUCAGGAGUUCGGAAACCAACAAGGACUUUGUUUCAAGAUCGUUUGCUUUCUUUGAUUGUUCACAUCAUGGAAAUUGUCAAGAGUGUGUUCAAAGCUCUUGGGGCUGUAAUUGGUGUAUUUUUGAUAAUAAAUGCGUUCACCACAAAUCUCAACAAUGUCGUAAUAUCGAAAACGCCAUAAGUUUGGUAGGACAAUGUCCCCAUUUAAAACAAAAUCGUCAAGAGAUACUAUUGCCAGUGCGUGUACCCAUGGAGAUUCGUCUUGAGGUUGAGAAUUUACCAAAACCAAAAAGCGCACAUUCCGGAUUUCUGUGCACGGUUCAUAUUGAAGCGGCUCAAAUGCUACUUCCCGCCCACAUAGAAUCUAAUCGGAUUGUAGUUUGUGAGAAAACCCCUUACUUUUACGAAAGAAAUACGUACGAGUACCAGGCAAAGGUCGUCGUUACAUGGAAUUUCCAGCACUAUGUGGAUACUGCCAUGGUCACACUUUACAAAUGUGAUGUACUUGGCUCACAUCGUGAUCACGCCGAUUGCAGCUUGUGUGUGACACGUGACCAAAAAUACCAAUGCUCGUGGUGUGGCAACGCGUGUGUUUAUAACGAGACAUGCAGUGGAGAAAAUAGAUCAAUUAUUGAUUCAAAAAUAAUUUCUAACGAUUGUCCCUUGCCUCGAAUCGAUAUUAUAAAACCCCUUUCGGGACCUAUCGAGGGCGGCACUCUAGUUACAAUCGAAGGCAGUAAUUUGGGAAUUCGCGAAGAGGAUGUUAGAGGAAAAAUAACGAUAGGAUCAGUUCCUUGCGAACUUGUAAACUAUCAAAUAUCAGUAAAGAUCGAAUGUCGCACGGGAGCCGCGCUCCAUGAAAUGUCAGCGCCGAUAAAAGUAGUUAACGAUGCCGGCUACACCGAAUCAAGUGUACAAUUUCAUUUUAAAAACAUUCAACUAACCGGAUUAUAUCCAACAAUUGGCCCAAGAUCGGGUGGAACGCAAUUAUCGUUGAUUGGAAAGUUUCUAAAUAUUGGCUCGAUGAUGCGAGCAUUUCUCGAUGAAUAUGAAUGUCAUAUCAAUGUUACCCAGGCCUCAUCUACCCAAGUUAGCUGUACAACUUCAGAGGCCACACAACCGGAACCGAUACGGAGUCUUCGAUUAAUUAUCGAUGGCGCCAAUCGAACUUUGGAAUGUCACAAUAAUAUUACAAAUAAAAAUCGAUUAAAUUUCGGUUCAUAUCCAUUUCGUAUACCUCCACCGCAACCUUGUUCCAUCUUUAAUUAUACACAAGACCCUCGGAUAAUGCAAAUUAAACCUUUACGGAGUUUUGUUAGCGGCGGACGGGCCCUGACUGUUCAUGGCAUAUAUCUAGAUUCCAUACAAAAACCGGAAUUGGAGGUUUUCUUUGAUAAUGAGAAGGUAAACAAGACUGCAUGUAAAGUUAUUAACUCAAAUCAAAUGGAAUGUCCAUCGCCCCCGGUUAAUCACAAGUUUCAAACCUUUAAACACAACAGGAACGGAAUAGAAUCCGACUCGAAUUACAGAAACUCUUCAACCAAAACUAAUAGAAGAAAGCGACAUUUUAAGGACGACUUAAGCAUCUAUACAACAUCAGGAGAAACAGGAAGCUACUUUAGCAAUAGCAACAAUAAUAAUAACAAUAUGGAUAUGACGACCUUUGUUAAGGUUCAUGAAACUCAAUUGAACUUACAACUAAGCUUUGUCAUGGAUAAUGUUCAAUUAGUUCGUGAUUUGAACAAAUAUUUCCAUGAUAUAAGGAGUACGAUUGUGUAUCUAGCUGAUCCCAAAUAUUUCCCAUUUCCCAACGAUGAAGGUAUUAAGCUAUAUAAAGGCGAUAGUUUGGUUAUUGAGGGAGAACUCUUGAAUCUAGCAGCCGAUGAAUACGAUGUAAAUGUGACUAUCGGUACAGCUCAAUGUAAUAUUACCAGUUUGGCUCUAACACAAUUAUUAUGCAUUCCACCAGAGAAUCAGCCCCUAGCCACAGAUGAAAAUGGUAUUGAACAAUCAAUAGAUCUUCCAUUAGUUGUAGUCAAAGUUGGCAGUAACCUACGUUUUGUAAUUGGUUAUUUGAAGUACGAUUUGAGUAAACCUUUUGUGUACUCGCAUGCGAUAUUUAUAGUUAUGCUGACGGUGACUGUCCUCGUUAUUAUUCUUGUUAUCGUUUUAAUAAUAUUUCGAAGAAAAUCAACGCAAGCUGAACGGGAAUAUAAGCGAAUACAAAUACAAAUGAUUACGUUAGAGAGCAAUGUGCGUUCCGAGUGUAAGCAAGCAUUUGCUGAGCUACAAACGGACAUGACAGACUUAACGGCGGAUUUGGAGAGUACGGGGAUACCCACGCUCGAUCAUGUCAAUUAUAUUAUGAAAGUCUUUUUUCCCGGUGUUUCCGAUCAUCCCAUAUUGAAUUCACCGAAGUUCCGAGGAGGAAAUGAAAGCUCCCAUCAUACUAACUAUGAUAUUGCCAUGAUGCAGUUCGAACAAUUAAUUGGAAACAAAUACUUUUUACUCAUCUUUAUCGAAACCUUGGAAUCACAGCGUUCGUCUUUUUCCAUACGUGACCGGGUAAAUGUGGCCUCCCUAUUAAUGGUCGUUUUAAUGAACAAAAUGGAAUAUGCCACAGAGAUUUUAAAAUCGUUAUUAUUACGUUUAAUUGACAAAUCAUUGGCGGGCAAACAUCCGCAACUUAUGUUGCGUCGCACGGAAAGUGUCGUAGAAAAGAUGUUGACUAACUAUCUGGCGAUAUGUAUGUACGAUUAUCUGAAGGAAUAUGCGGGGUCGAAUUUGUUUUUACUAUUUAAGGCAAUCAAGCAUCAAAUCGAGAAGGGUCUAGUUGAUGCUGUAACCAACGAUGCUCGUUAUUCGCUCUCAGAGGAGAGACUUCUCCACGAACAGGUUACACAUUCAGUUGUUAUAUUACACAUACUUCAAGAUGAUCUCGAUGAGAAAGUUCAGUGUCGCGUCAACGAUUGGGAUACAAUUUCCCAGGUUAAACUGAAGAUUCUAGACGCAAUUUUUAAAAACACUCCGUUUUCGAUGCGACCAUCGGUGCACGAAGUGGAUUUGGAAUGGCGACACGGACGUGGCGGUCACCUCACAUUACAGGAUGAGGACUUGACUACAAAAACCAUUAAUGGCUGGAAGAGACUGAACACUUUGGCGCAUUAUGGCGUCAAAGAAUCGGCUGUAAUGUCUUUGAUAGCGAGGCAAAAUGAUAAUUACCACAUACCAUACAGUAAAAACCAGCACACGGCACCAUAUCAUAAUUAUUAUUUUCUAAAUAAUUCACAAAGCCAUAUUAUAAUUAAUAACGAUAUCGAAUCGGGCUUACAACAGCCCAGACUUUACCAUCUAAUAAAGCCGAUUGUACCAGACCAUUAUAUGAAUAUUAAAAACUCUGCUAUAUCCGGUAAUGGCGGAGGAGCUUCACAAGCCAUACAAUCGUCACAAUGCGGUAAUAAUUGCAAUGAUCGAGUUAAUAAGACGAUACCGGAGGUAUACUUGACACGUCUAUUGGCCACAAAGGGAACGAUACAAAAAUUUGUCGAUGAUUUUUUUGCAAUUAUUUUAACCGUUAAUGAGGAGUUACCACCAGCCGUUAAAUGGCUUUUUGAUUUAUUAGAUGAAGCGGCAAGACGUCAUGAUAUCGCCGAUACCGAUAUUGUUCAUGCUUGGAAGUCGAAUUGUUUACCCUUACGGUUUUGGGUUAAUUUUAUUAAGAAUCCCGAUUUUAUUUUCGACGUGAAUAAAACUUUUAGUGUGGAUUCUUGCUUGAGUGUGAUUGCGCAAACUUUUAUGGACGCCUGUUCUACUUCAGAGCAUCGACUGGGCAAGGAUUCUCCUUCUAAUAAGUUGCUUUUUGCAAAAGAUAUUCCAAACUAUAGAAUAAUGGUCAAGGAUUUUUAUCGCGACGUCGCGCGACUACCACAAAUAAGCGAUCAAGAAAUGAGCACAGCUAUGCAGCAAUUAUCUGUGCGGCAAAACGAUGAAUUCGAUUCAAUUUCAGCUUUAAAGGAGCUGUAUAUUUAUAUAACUAAAUAUAAGAGCCAGAUAAUGGACGCUCUGGAAAGCGAUAUUAAUUGUCGCAAGAUGAACUUGGCAAGAAAGUUAGAAAACGUCGCUGGCACUCUCGAUGGCGAGGAAAUAUCUAAUUGCUGACAUAAAGACAAGUUUUUUGGAAUUUUAAAGAAAGUUCAAAUAUUUUGCAUUUGGAUUUUGCAAUUUGAAACAUUCUUAUUAUUAUAU